GCAGCCGCCCCCAAAAUAAUGGGCUAGACGUUCGAUUGGUUCGGGGCUUGAGUGAUCGGCCUUGAAGAGAGAGAGAGAGAGAGAGAGAGAGAGAGAGAGAGAGAGAGAGAGAGUGACCUAAUUGGGAUGAGAGUUCAAGUCAAGUGAGCCGCCAGGUUGGACCUUUAAAGCUGCUUAAGAGAGCGACGGGAACCACACGGCCACGCUCCGGCGGUGCGUUUAUGGUCGUGGUGCGUUUGAGGGCGCGCACCUUUUGAGGAGUGGCGCAGGUGUUCGCGCGCGGAGUGGAAACCAAAGCAGGGAUGAAGUAGGUCGGAACCACAGGGGGCUGUCAAAGGUUCUGUUUGGAAGUGGAGGAGGGGGCCCAUCGCCGUCUCCGACGCCGGCAUGGAGGCCACGAGGCGCCCCGAGACAAGAAGCUUCGCCGGGAAGCCCGCCGUCCCGCACCCGGGGAGCCUCCACCUGCCACGGGCUGCUGUGAUCUUCCUCGUCGCGCUCACCAUGCAACCACAGGCGGCGCGCACGGUGGGGAUGUUUGAGCUGCAGAUCCGUCACUAUCAGAACCCCAACGGACUCCUGCUGAACGGAGACUGCUGCGACAUCCCGGUCGGCGGCGGCCGGCGCUGCUCCUCCGGAGACCAGUGCGACACUUUUUUCCUGGCGUGCCUCAAGGAAUACCAGGCCCGCGUGGUCCCAACUGGAUCUUGCACCUUUGGCACGGGCAGCACGAGGAUCCUGGGAGGAAAUUCCCAGUUGCUCCACCACGGCGGUCACGACGGAGGAGGAGCAGGAGGAGAUGAUGGGACUAAUGGACUCAUUGUCAUUCCCUUCAAAUACGCCUGGCCAAAGUCCUUCUCUUUGGUGCUGGAGGCUCAGGAUGAUGACAACAGCACGUCACAACCAGAUCAGCUGAUCGAACGUGUUCUUCUCUCCUCCAUGUUGAAUCCCGGAGAGCAGUGGCAGGCGUACCGCCACCACGGCCGCUACUUCAGCCUUGAGUACCGCCUCCGUUUUCGCUGUGACUCCAAUUACUUCGGGCCCCACUGCAACAAGCUCUGCCGGACCCGUGACGACUUCUUUGGACACUUCAACUGCGAUCCCAACGGUUCCAAGGUCUGCAUAGAAGGCUGGACGGGACCCGAGUGCAAAGAAGCGGUGUGCAGGCAAGGAUGUCAUCAGGCCCACGGUUCUUGCACCGCACCUGGGGAAUGCACGUGUCACUACGGAUGGACCGGGCCUCUGUGUGACCAGUGUGUGACGUUCCCCGGUUGCGUCUACGGGAGCUGCACUGAACCCUGGCAGUGUGUGUGCGAUGUCAACUGGGGAGGUCUGCUGUGUGACAAAGAUUUGAACUACUGUGGGACUCACCAGCCUUGUAAGAACAGCGGGACCUGCACCAACACAGAGCCCAACGAGUACCAGUGCGAGUGUCAGAAAGGUUUCAGGGGGCGCAACUGUGAUAUCGUCGAGCACGCGUGUGUGCUGUCGCCGUGCGUGAACGGCGCCACCUGCGUGGAGGACUCCGCGGGCUUCAGCUGCGUCUGCGCCGAAGGCUGGACGGGGAAGACCUGUGCAGACGUGGUGAGGCAGUGCGACCGAAGCCCCUGCGGACGAGGAGCGACCUGUCAGGAGGCUCCAGGAGGUUACCGAUGCCUCUGCCCAUCUGGAUGGAGCGGCAGAACCUGCCAGCUGGACACCGAUGAGUGUGAGAUGAACAUAUGCAUCCACGCCCGCUCUUGCCGCAACUUGAUUGGUGGAUACCUGUGCGAUUGUCUUCCUGGAUGGGCAGGGCCAAACUGUGACAUCAGGAACAGCAGCUGCCAGGACUUAUGUCUCAAUGGUGGACGUUGUGAGGACCAGAUGUCAGGAUCCAGAUGUUUAUGCCCACCUGGCUUCUCUGGGAAAUACUGCCAAAUCCACCCUGACCCUUGCGCCAGCGCCCCCUGCCUGCACGGAGGGAGGUGUGCGGAAAAGGAUGAACGCACUGCCGCCUGCGACUGCCCUUUGGGAUAUUCUGGAAACUUUUGUGAGGUUGUGUCGGAUCCGUGCGACCCCAACCCCUGCUCGCAGGGGCUCCCCUGUCACACCAUCGAUGGCAGUUACAUGUGCGCCUGUCCUGAGGGUUACUAUGGCAACGAGUGCCUUAGCCUAAAGAAUCCUUGUUUUGGGCCACAUUGUCCAGGGGCCAUGUCAGACUCAAAAGCCGGCAUCAGUUUCUACAUGGUCCUGCUGGGCGUCCUUGCUUUGGCGGCGCUGUGCGGCUGCGCCGCGUGCGCCUUGGUCCUCACCCGCCUGCAGCACAAGCGGAAAAAGCAGCGGGCCGUCCCGCAGGAGGAAGCCAUCAACAACCAGCGUGAGUACGUCAACCUCAUCCGAAACCUGGAUCGCCUCGUCCCUCCGCCUCUCCCACCACCCGCCGCCCCCCUGGUUCAGUCGCCGGCCGGCACGGCCCCCGCUACCGCCACCACCGCCGCUUCCCCGCACUGCUACGAGGAAAUUGAGCUGACUCUCCCUCCCUCUCCGGCGCCCUCCCACUCGUCCCCUGGGCUGAAGCAGGCCCGUGCCCCCAAAGUGGACAUCUCCAACCGGGAAAGGGAGAAGCUCAAUCGUAUCCACUGCACAGACAACCAGGAAUUACAAGUGUGACUGACCCGUUAAAUCUGAGGCUUCUCUUCUUCUGCAUACUUUGCACUCACUUUUCACAGGGUCCACGUUCGUUGUUUGGCCCAUCGUGUCUCUCACACUCUUCAGCUGACGUUGUGAGCUUGGACAUUAAAGACGCAGUUCCGCCUAAACUUCCGGGAACUUUUAGUCCUUGGUGCUUUUCUACCGUUUGAACAGCAGCUGGCGAUCCUUAGAACAAACAGUUUGUCUUAAAAAGCAGGGUACGCACAUGCCAAUAAUCAGCCGUUUUUUCUGCAUUUUCCCAUCCUUACGAUCAAAGUCGGUGUAGGCUUGAUUAUCGGAUGUUUCUAAAAGUUUACCCGGAGUGAUCGUCCUGUGGUGUGCGCUGUGCUAUGAGCGAUUUGUCCUCCUCACUCGAAUAAGGCCCAAUUUGAGCAUUUUCAAGCCCUUCCGAAACACAAAGUUCAAUAGCAAAAAGUAUUGUACUGGAAUUUACAAAAAAAAAAAAAAAAAAAGAAUUUUAAGACACUGUUACAUUACGUACAAUUACAACAUUUAAUUCAGUAACUCUUUCAUGCACCACUAGAGGAGCCAUUUGUCACGAGGAGUGCUCAGAGUGAUUUGCCCGGUCAUGGCCGACAAUUGUAAAUGUUGAACCUGUUAAAUAUUUACGAUGGCGUAUACUUAUGAGUGUAGUGAACCCUGAGUUGGGCCCACCCGUGAUUGUAACGUGAAAUGAAGCGGUUGCCAAGAAGAAAGCUCGCGCUGUUGUUGGACGCAAAUACAGGAGCAACUGGUUGUGUUGAGUGGUUUUUAUAUGUCUCAAAAUAUAAAGUGUUUUUAUAAAAUGUGUCUCAAAAUUAAUUCACCACAAAAAAAAAAAAAAAAAAUGACAAGGAGAAGAACUGCGACCAAAAUGUAGUUACCAGAGAAGCUAAAAAUUAGUCUUAAUUCUAUUUCUUCUUUUUGGUAACUUUUUGGUUCUGGUUUGAAGGAGGAGACUCACGAUUGUCUGUGCAAGAGUUGGUUUUGUCAUCAAAAAUAUUGGAUGGAUUGAACAAUAAUGAUGAAGGAUAAUUGGUCACAAUAAUCUUGUAUGGACACUCGAUAAUCGGGCUUUUGAUAACUUUGUUUGGAAGAAAGAAAAAAAUGCUUGAAUGUGUUUAGUGUACAGCGUUCAUGCUAUUCUUACUGGAGACCAAGCCCUACCGUGAAGUGUGAACAUUCGUAGCAUAAAGAUGCUACAAGAUGACUGCAAACCACAACGUGAAUCUCCUCAACCUACUUCAACAUAGUUUCUUAACACCAAGAUGCAACAAGGUGGCACCAAAGCAAUAUAUACAUUUGAGAAAAAGCUUUGGCCCGAGCAAAAAAACCAAAAACACAAUAUAGGUGAGUUUUUCAACACAUAACAGACGAUAGGUUGCAAAAAAUUCAAUAAAAUAGUCACUAGGUAGUGUACGGGGCAAAACUGUACCACUCUGGUGGCGAGUACCCGUAGGUGAACAGCUGUAGACAAAAAAAAUCUGGCAAGUCAUCAACCAUUCAGAUUUGUUUGUCAAAGCAGACCCCAACCCAAAGGUUCUUGAUCCUUUAGACAGCACUACCCGCCCAGCAGGAGUCUUCUUCCACACCAGAACUGAAUUCAGACAUGCAAUGGCCCUCCAACAGUUUCAGGGUCAAACUUGCGCCAUUGUUGGCCUCCGAGUGCCUGAAAAAGUGUCGGCUAAGACCUGAGUGGGCGAUCAUUGAGCGAAUGAAUGGAUGUUUAUUUAAAGUCCAACUGGGUGAUUGUGAGAUUAUUUAAAGCAGCCAGCGCACACGUUGUUACAAGGCGGCGGGGAACUUCUGUCCCUUUGCAACACUCUUAACUGGACUUGGGAUUUCAUUUGGCCUGUGUUCGCGCAUGAAACAUUGACUGUACGUACACUAUAUGAAAUAUGGAAGGACACAAACCUCUGACUUGUGCUUUAAGACAUUUAAAAAAAAAAAGUAAACACUGUUGCCUGUGUUGCCUCUGUGAUGCUACCUGUUUUUUCAUUCCCCAUGUAAAAUAGUUUUUGUACAUAAAUAUAUUGUACAUAUUGAUGCCUCACUUUUUUGUAACGUGGUUCAGUCCGAGAGUAUCACUCUUGUUGUUUUACUGGCGUUCUGUAAUAAAAGUGCAGUUAGCAGUUUGGAUUUAUUGGCCCUUACUGUGUGCUGCUAUUGUGUGAGUGUGAUGUUUUUUUUUUUUUUUUAUUAUGAUGGAAUGCAACAAUUAUCACACUAAUAAUUAUGUGCCUUGGUCAACUGUGGAGUACUUACUGUGUGUACCUCGCUGAUUGUACGACUAAAUGGAACCUUCACCCUAAAAAUGUUCGAUAGCUGAGCAGUAAACAUCGCCACUCACAGGCCACAAUAACAGGUAAACCCGUAAAAGAAAAAUACUGUGAUACCUCGUCGUAAAAAAUGAAACAAUAGCAGAUUUUAGUACUGCUGCUUUUUGCGUUGUUCGGUAGAAAGCGAGCGGCUCUCUAAAAAGAGGUCAAGUGUGCUUGUUUCAUGUUGUUUUUGUGUCCAUCCUGUCAAAUAUGUACUGUACAGUAACC